AUGAGCAGCAAAAUUAUUUUUACGAUUUUUACCUUCACGAGUGCAUCGACCUUACAUUAUAUCGUCUCACUGAUUUUUUCUGUGGUAUUGUGUAGUUCUGGCUGUUUCCAGGGACCUCCUCUGCCUAACAAACCAUUUAUAACUGUAUGGAACACACCUACGGAUCGAUGUGAACCAAAAUGGAACGUCUCUUUAGAUCUGAGUGCUUUUGACAUCGUGGUGAACAAAGACCAGAAGUGGUGUGGAGAAUACAUCGUUGUAUUCUACCACACACAGCUUGGAUUGUAUCCGUAUUUUGACAGCAAUGGAAAAGCUUUCAACGGUGGUGUACCUCAGGUAUUGGACUUGUUAUUAUUAGCAGUAGAGUUGUAGGCUUGCAACUACGUGACAACGUGACAACGGAGAAUUUGAGAAAAAAAAAUAAAAAGUUAAGAUACAAGCAGAGGGAAACGCUUUUGUUUUUCGUCAACCAAAGUGGCAGUCAUGUCAUAACCUGCAAUCUUGCAGCAGCUAAAUUGAUGAUUCAUUAAUUUCACCAAAACUUUUCCCAUUGAAAAGAAGAAGGAGAGCUUACUAGGCACUUAGCUUUUCCCUUUGCAACACAACUGCCUGGUUAGCUCAGUUGGGAGAGUGACAGAGGAAGAUUGGAGAGAGCAGAAAUAGUAUCCUUAGGGUUGGUGUUAUGGAACUUCUGCGUGCAAAAACAUUCGCACGUGUGAAGAAAUACCCUUCACUGCAGGCUAUUGGGAGAGCAUUAGUCUGCUAACCAGUAGGUCACGGGUUUAAACCACUCAGGAUCUUUAAAUAACUGAGAAGAAAGUGCUGCCCUUGUAAUUACAUCUGCAAACUGUUAGACUUUCUUGUCUUCUCAGAUUAGGACAAAAAACCAUAGGUCCAGUGUCACAACACUUUCAUUUAUUCGGUUCUUGUGGGAUGUAAAAGAACCCACACCACUGUUCGAAAAGAGUGAGGGGAGGUAGUCUACCCCGGUGGGGUGACCAACCUUUCCUGAACUAGGUGGGUUAUCUGUAAGGAGAGAUCUUAAAUAUAUAGCAAUUCCUCCUUUAGGAGUCGCAAUGGCUACCUGUAAAUAGUGUAACUGUAUGUAUGUGCCAACUUUAAGGUACACAAUAGCCAUAUUUUUUUUCUUUUUAUGUGAUAGCUUGAAAAUCUUACAGCACACUUAAUAAAAGUACAGCAAGAUGUAGCAAAUGUCAUUCCUGAUCAUGAAUUUCAAGGUAUUAGUGUGAUUGACUGGGAAUUCUGGAGACCAGUGUUUGACAGAAACUGGGAUGAACUCUCCAUCUAUAGGUCUGUCAGAAUUUUGUUUUGUCUUUAAUAGUUGAACACUUUGAUUGUUGAGCCUCUGUAUUGGAUAUUUCCAAAGUAAUUGAAGUUGCGACAAUUGCUGUUGAUGAAGCAAAGAUCUUAGGGAUUAAAGCACCGACCACAUUGCUAUUCCAAUCAAGACUGGUAAAAAAUCUGCCCAAAAAUAUUAUUGUGCUGCACGAUCGGAGUUUUUGCUUUGCUUAUUAAAACUGUUGCUUUCUUGAUUUUCUCGUUUCCAUCGUUGAUGUGGUUGCACUAUAAAAGCUCACCAGUAGCAUUACCAUGCAAAAUAUGUUAUUGAUAUUAUCGAAUAUUUCACCUGAAAAACUGUCAAUAUAAUGGAAAGCACGUGACAAAAUUGGCAUCCGCAGGUACCCAUUUCAGGGGCUCAUUAAGGGUAUUCUACAUGUCUAAUAUUAAUCUAAGAUAGACUUGGUUGUGUUUCUCUUCAGUGAAGAAUUUCAAUAAUAAUAUGGCAAUUUGUCCAAUUCACGUUUGCCAGUUUGUUUUCACAAAAUCAGAGAAGGUGAAGAUUAAUUUGAAUUUUUGGUGUUGUUGAGAUCUUGUUACUGCAACACCUAAUUCCAGCUCCUUGCGUGAGACCAACUUGCAAGCCUUAAAUGAAUAAUUUAUAUAGAACUUUAUGAAAGAUUGAUUGAUUGAAUGAAUGAUUGAUUUAUUUAUCUAAAAGCAGAAUCAAUCAUUCAAAAUCAAACUCAUUCAUACAAUCAAUUGAUUCAAUGGAAUGAAUUAAUGAAUGAAUGAAAAGAAAGAAAAUAAUUAUUUAACGAACAAAUUUGUCCUUGUUAAUUCUGGAGUUGGGUAUGAGCAUGCAGGCACUAGCACUUAAAGUGCCCAUUACCUAAAAUUUUUUAUUUUCUUAUCUGAAACUCAGUACCUUAUUAAAAUAACUUCUGCGAAAAAAAUUUUGCUAUUUGAACAAAACCCGAUUUUUUUACAAUUUUUUGAAAACGUUCAAAUUUGCCGCCAUUUUACACACCAUUCAUCUUAGUCUUCUCUUGGAGUAUGACGUACUUUAAGGAACAUGUGACCUUAUCAACAGGAAAACAUUAAGAGUUCUGAUAGGUUUUUCUUUUUCAGAAAAACUUUCUUCUUACGAAGACAUUGUGUUUCAAUCCUUACUUGAACUUUAUCUUUUUUGUGUACAGCUGGUGAAGGCAAGGUAAUGCGAGUUCCUUAAUUUACGUCACAUGACGUCAUAUGUGAGCUUGCUAGUUUGCAUGAUCAGCAGCGCGAGUGUAGCACAAAAAUGUAGACUUCAAAAAAUUGUAAAAAAAUCGGCUUUUGUUCAAAUCGCAAAUUUUUUUCGCAGAAGUUAUUUUAAUAAGGUAUAGUUUCAGAUAAUAAAAUAAAAAAUUUUAGGUGAUGGGCACUUUAAGUGAUGCAAAAUGAUAAACAAAAUUGAUUAUUUUUCAAUUUAUAGGAACAAGUCUAUGGAACUGGUCAAACAGAGACACCCUUUGUGGCCAGAUAGUUUAGUUGAAGACAUAGCUAGAGUAGAGUUUGAAACAGCAGCCCGAGAAUUCAUGGAAGAAACUUUGGUGCUUGUUUAG